AUUGGCGGCACGAAGGGUGGCAACGACUACGACAACGACAGCGGCUACGCGAAUGGCAACGGCCAGAAUGACCACGAAGUUAGCACGGGCACCAACAACAGCGACGCAUCUGGCGAAUCGUCGGGUAUUUCGGGCGGUGCGAUUGCCGGGAUCGUUGUCGGGUGCAUCGCCGCCGUCAUCCUCGCUGGCUUCCUCGUUUGGAAGAUCAAGAAGGACAAGUCGCGCGAGGAGCAGCUCUUCGCCGACCCGCACGAUCUCGAAGACGCGCAGACCGGCUAUGCGGCCAUGUAA